CCUUUGAAACACUGAUUUGCCAUACAAAACUGAGGUCAACAUCUGUGUCCGGUGUCAUGAUGCUAUUUUACCUAACACUCCCUUGUAUGGUUCAUCACCUCACCCUGUUUCCAGGCUCCCAAACAAAAGAAGGUGGUGAUCGUACGAGCCAGCAAGCAUGCAGAUUUCCUGUGUAUAUAUCGCUACGAUACCAGCUGCCUUCUUCAUCUUCCACUGAUCUCUGAGCCAUGGCGAUCACGAGAUGCAUGUUCGUCGUGGCGGUGGCUCUGGCUCUGGCAGUGACGGUCUCCCUAGCCUCGCCAACAACUACUGCAACAGGAGUAGGUCAUCUUCUCGUCGAGCGCAGCCUGAGAGCUGCGGCGACGUGCAGCAAGUUUCCUCGGAUGUGCCACGCGAAGGGCAGCCCCGGGCCGGACUGCUGCAGCAGGCGGUGCGUGGACGUGAGGACGGACAGCCUCAACUGCGGGCGGUGCGGCCGGCGGUGCCGCUACGGGUGGACGUGCUGCCGAGGGAGAUGCGUGAACAUAAUGUACGACGCGAAGAAGUGCGGCGGCUGCCGGCGCCGGUGCCCGAAUGGAAGCUUCUGCAGGUACGGGAUGUGCAGCUACGCUUCGUAGAGAGAGUGCUGUCGCCGCUUUCGACCAUACUUACCGUUCUGUUGUCAACUUUGGUUCAGAAUAAAAGUAAAUUAGAAAAGGAACAUUUUAAAUAAAUAAAUUGAAAUGGAAUGGAAUGCCUUCAUUUUGAUUUAAAAAAAAUAUAAAAUUAUGUGACAAU